AUGUCCUCACAGCAAAGUAGUCAGCCGAGAACCAUCCAGACCCCAUCCCUUGCUCGGGACUCUCAUGGCAAUGAUGCAGAAAGAGACCGCAGAUCGAUCUCGGAGGAGUCCGAUCUGUCGCAUUACCUCCACUACGAAGACAACGAUGGCUUUUUCCCUCCAGCCUGGCUAGGGAAGGCACCGCCUACUCAACAUGGAGAUGGUACGAAGGGCGAUUGCAGGGGCGCUUGCUGGAACAAGGGUUACUUAGUCUUGUCAUUCUAGUCAGUCUGGGAUUAGUAUCAUGUACGGCCUAGAUCGCGC